UUUGAAGGUGGGAACGGAGCGUUUCUUCACACGCGUCGCUUCGAUCGCUUCCCGAGUCUCUGGAGAUGGCAGCAUCCGACACGCCUCCGGAUUGACGAGCAGUUCCGGCGUCGGGUCGUCUCCGUAUCCAUAGGACGCGUUCACAUUCAAAGCCAGUGUGAACUGGUCUGUCGUGGUUACGCCGUUGGCGGGAAUGAUGGACCUGGUCUACUGGAAGGACACGGAGCGGACGGGCAUGGUCCUGACGGGGCUGGUGGUCGGCCUGCUGUCCCUGUUCCAGCUCAGCAUCAUCACGGUGGUCUCCACCGUCUCCCUGGCCAUCAUUUGCUUCACCAUCUCAGUGCGCGUCUACUAUCAAGGCCUCUACAUCCUCAGCUGUGGCGACGGAGAGCAUCCCUUCAAGUCGUACUUGGACCUGGACAUCAGCUUCAGUGGCGAGGAGGCCGACCUCUACGCGCAGAAGGCCAUCGUCAUGGCAAUGUCUGCUGCCGACUCUCUGAAGGGACUCUUUUUUGUCACGAACCUCUUGGAGUCGAUCAAGUUCCUGGUUCUGAUGUACCUCGUGACGUACCUGGGAGAGCUGUGCAACGGCCUUACUCUGCUCAUCAUCGGUGUGAUCGCACUUUUUUCUCUGCCACUUUUCUACAGACAGCGCCAGGAUCAGGUGGACAUCUCCUUUGCAAAGAUGCUGGCCCAAAUUGAAAACGUCAAGGACACCUUCCAAAGACUUGUCCAGGGCGGUGAUCCUCCUUCUGACCCAACUCCCGGUGGCCCCAAACCCCAAAUCCAGUAAAGGCCGAUGGACAAGAACUUCAAAGAAAAAGCUCCCCAGAGUUUGCCGGCUGUCACUCAGAUGUCUCACCCAGCGGUCUGUGCUCGGAGCUCCAGAGCACAGAGCUCUAGAGGCCUGGGAAGGGAGGGGAGGUUACUCAAACAGACGAUGACGAGGAUCACACAUUUAGACUCUCACGUGUGAGGGCGGGUUGGAGCUUUGGGGGUUUGGGUUAUGAGGUAAUCGAGACGUAUGACUCCCGGCUGAGGCUCUCGCUACUGACGUCAGAAAAAGUGGACACGCAGCUUGUCGUACGUGACCAUACUUGGAAAUAUUCUCUGUUUUUAUGAUGUACAAAGAGGACUCAAGAAGUGUCUUAUGGUUGAGAGCUGUAGUCCAAAUGAGGUACUAAGACCAAUAACGGGGGGAGUUCCCACACGGCUACUCACCUGAAGAAAGGGAAGUGAGUUGUUACGGUGAUAACCAGGGGGGGGGGGGUCAUCAUUAUUCAUGGCAGCAUAAAACUGGCAAUUAAAGAUGCAUGUGUCAGCACAUGUACAUUUUCUGAAUGCAUAUUCAUUCUCAUUCUUUCUGUGUGUAUGCAAGUGUGUGCGCGCGCGUGUGUGUGUGUGUGUGCACGUGUAAUUCCUGACAUAUACAGCUUGCUUAAAUGAAAAUGUUAAUAACAAUUAAAGUCACAUUUCUUCUUUAUAUUUC